AUGCACGGCGAGUCCCACUUCGAGGAAGUCUCCUUCGAAGACAUGCAGGGGAUCGUGGACCGCGUCGGCCCCGGCGACAUCAACAUCAACCGGCGGGAGGCCCCCAACUUCUCCGACUACCACACUCGCCCCGCGGCGGCAAUGGAACCGGGCGACAUCCUGGUGGCCGAGGACCUGUCGGGCCACGGUCACAUAGCCCGCUCCCCAUUCGCCGGCAUGCGCACCUCCCUGGCCAUCCCCCUAGCCGAGCCGGACUAA